GGGCGCCUGGUCGGAGCCAGCAUGGCCGCCAUCGAGAUCCCCUCAUUACCAGAUCCUGGUCCUUCCGAUGGAUCCAAGCCUUCGGAGUCCAUCGAGGAGCGCUGCUUCUCGGCAGCCCUCAUCUGCCUCGAGGGCCAUUACACCAGUUCGCCGCCCAUGGGUCCCAUGACGGCAAACAAGGUCUCGGGCAUGAUCGCCAAGACCUUGGAAAAGACACACACGUUCAAGCACGUUCGAGAGUCAUUGGCAAGGAAUGUGGCCAUCUGGAUCUGGCUGACAAGAAUCUUCGGCGCCGCCAUCCCCAACCUCACAACCCGCUCCGUGGGGCCGCUGUCCAGUUUGAACUACCCUGAGAAAGGUGUCAGCCCUCAGGAGAGCACAGCACUCAUCGUCAAGAACCAGGUCAACCUCAAGGACGAUCUGCAGAUUCUCAACAAGCUCAUGCACAUUGCGCGUAACCUGCUUGUCACGUCGGAGCCCGAGGUUCCGCAGGAUAUCUGUGCUGCUGUCCACUUUGACCAGAUGGUGUACCAGACCAUCAUCCUGUGUGUCAAUGUCACGAGCAAGGGCUAUGACGGCGAGAUUCUUGACGAAACGUCAAGAGCCAAACUGAACGAGAUUACAGAUCUGUACAAGAAGUUGCUCGUCACAUCCUUGCAACAGGCUCAUAACUGGACCGCCAAGAAUGACCGCAAUAAAAUGUCUUUCUGGUACGACGUUCUCUUCGACGAAGAUGCACAGCUCGAUGACCCGCAAGAGGGCAUGGGCGAUGGGUCUGGCUUCCGAGUCGACAUUGCCAAGACGGAAAUUCAAAACUGGCUGGAGCGCAACUCACGAAUGUGCGAUGCGGCACGGAAGCUCUUGACGGAUUAUUCGCAGCACCAGUCACACAGGCCACCAGGAGUUUUGGCCCCCAUCGCUCCGCUGGCUUGGAACUGGUUCCCCGAAGGACAGGUCAAGGUCCGUGCCGACAACAUCAAGGAGGGUGAGAAGUUCACGCCGAAGUGGGACCUUGACAUUACGGACAAGUUUGAGCAAGACCGGGCAUAUGGCCGGGUUUCGCGUGAGAUCGACACGUGGUGGAUGCGCGCCCGCGAUGCCAAUUACGAUGACUGGGUCGUGCCGAUGCCUUCUGUCGAGUUCGCAGCUUCACGAACAGAGCAUUGCAAGACCAAUCUCCUCAACCGCUACGCGACAGCGCUUCACCCCACUGACUAUGAGGACGAGGACGAAGAGGACGACGAGGACGGAGCUGAAGUCUACGAGGUUGAGGAAUCCGCUCUGGACCUUCCCAGAGACACUGACGGGUCUGAUGUCGAAUACGUCGAGGGUGAAUACGACGAGAUGAUCGAUGAAGAAGACGACAUCGACGACGAUGACGACUCUUACGGCGAGGGUCCCCUGACAGGCCUAUUGACGGAAAUCCCCAACAUCCUCGACCCUAAACAGAUCGAAGCGCUUCACAUGAUUGUCAAGUCAUGCAUCCUAGACUCGGCUGGCACUGGCCUCACCCGUGCAGGCGAGAAUCUCCAAAAGACCCGAUGCCGCAUGUUUUUGGCUCUGGACUGCGGCAAGUCUCUGCUCCGAGAAAUGCUUGUCUUCAUCGCUGUCUGGGAAAAGGAUGAGCAAUCACUCAUCUUCCAGCUCACCUCCCAGCUUGUCGAAGCUAUGCACCACUCUUCCCUCGUCUCUUAUGCCUGGAACUCUCUCCGCAUCCCGAAAGAUAUCAUCUCGCCGGCGCAGACAGUGCUCCUCCGCCUCGUCAACCAUAUGUUCCGCAGCCGCAUCUCAUCGCCACCGCAGGACCCCAAAGACAGGACGCGCGACCUGAAGCUCGUCAUGUUCUUCUUUGGCUUCUUCCGCUCUCGCAUUGUGCCGGAAUGUGUGGCGCUCAUGCAUUUGCAGGCUCAGUUGCGCGAGGAUAAUUCUGACCCUGGCGAGUUCCCCGUCGACACCUGGGACAUGGAGCGGGCUAGGGACGGCCUGGCUCAGUACCUCGACCUUCUAACCACUGUUUCGGAGAUUGCGUACUCGCGCGCCAUGCUCAUCGAGUGGGAAGCUGUCUACGACCUCAUCACUCUCCUCAACGGUCUCGAGGCCGGCGUGCCGAAGAAGCCCCUCGUCGACGCUAUUCCAACCCGCACCGUCCCCACCAACCCCUCCGCCCACCAACAACCGCCGGCCGCCCCGCAAGGCACCAACCCGGACAACACAUCCGCGGCCCCGCCCAUCAUCGAACGCCCCUACUCAGCCGCCGACUCCCUCCCGCCAUCCCCUCCGCCGCCCCCGCCGCUCUCCGAGCCGGCCUACAAAUUCCCCUGGUCCGGCAUCAAAGCCCAGCUCUUCACCAUCCUCGCCACCCUCCUCCAGCCCCCGCCCGGCCAGUCCUCCCCCGGCAACCCAGACGUGCAGCUGCAGAUGGUGCGCCACAACGGCAUCGUCCCCCUCCUCAACUGCUGCGCCUACGACGACCACAACCCCUUCGCCAAGGAGCGCGUCACCAUCUGCCUCAAGUGGCUCCUCGACGGCUGCGACGCCGCCAACGCCUUCUUCCGCGAGCUCGUCAGCAUGGCCCCGGCCCCCAACCUCAAGCCGCCGCCCGGCGGCGCCCCGACGAGCACCAUCCGCGUCGACGGCAUCCAGGGCGAGCAAUGA